AUGGUCAGAGUCGCAGUAGCAGGUGGUACCAGUGGCCUCGGCCGCUUAGUUGUCGAUGCUAUCGUAGCUACUAAAAAGCACGAUGUCUUCGUGCUCUCUCGCAAGGAAUCUGACGUUUUUGCUUCUAAGCCUAAUGUCAAGCUUUUCGCUGUUAACUACGCGGUUCCAGCUACCAUUACUGCCGUCCUCGAGAAGAAUCGCGUCGGCACCGUGAUUUCAUGCCUCCAUUUAAACAGCAAGGAAGCAAGUGACGUACAGCUCAACCUUAUUGAAGGAGUCGGUAAGACCGUAGAGCGAUUUGCUCCUAGCAAGUUCGGUCUUGACUAUCUUGAAGUAGCUAGGGUGGACUUUGAAUUUCACGCUAUAGAAUUCAAAGUUAUAGCGGUUAAUAAGCUAAAGGAAUUUCCGUCUCUAACGUAUACCCGCUUCAUCACAGGGACGUUCAUGGAUUUCUUCGGCCCGCUACCAAACCUACUGAUUAAUGUUGCCUCCCUAAUUAUCAAACCUAGGAAUAGGAAGGCCGCUAUCCUAGGCGAUGGUAGCGCUACCAUCGUGUGCCCACAAGGCACGCCAUUCUCUUGGUAUCGGGGGAGGCGGGGGAGUUUGUGCCUCGCGCGAGGGCUUCCGAGGGGGGUUUCGAGGGGGUCGGAGGAGGGAGGGAGCCUGGGAGGUGUCAGCGGGGUUCUGUGGUGGAGGGGAGAAGGAAAGGGGGAGGAGGUUUGGGGGUCUCAAUUGACUCCCGACUUACCGUGCAAUUGGGCUGAGCUGUCUGCUGUGUGCUGGCAGAGGCAGUUGAUACUGCCUCUGCCUACGAUCUCUGUUGAGGGUCUUUUCAUAGACCCUAACGCCUCGGGAGGAGUCUGUGACCCUCCGGUCACCCGAAUCCCCCGCGGCCGACCGCGAAAAGAGAGGGUUCAGAGGGAGGAUGCCCGGCAUCCUCGAGGACGCCAGGCUCGCCGGGAUCAUGGAGGACUUCUGCCGCUUGGGGCAGUCAUUGCCGCUGUGCCAGACUUGGUCCGCACACGCUGCGGCACCUGCGGCGAUGUAAUGGUGGGUGCACCAGAUGUGAGAAUCUAG